GGGUCGGAUGCAGUCGGAUGUUAACGCGGAUUCAAAAAGGUGAAUAGAUCCUUGAUUAUGAACACCGUACCGUCACGUGAUAGUUAUCGACGUCGUCGACGUAUCGCGUUGGCUGUGGACCGAAGAAAACGUCGAACAUGAAGAUGGCUGCUGCCACUGAAAUAUUAAAUACUCUCACCGCAAGAGCAAAUUGACUGAAAGAAAAUGUAGAAUUUCCCGGCUCGUGACGCGUUUCAGGUAAUAAACGAUUAAUUGUUUGCGUUUGCGGUAGACGUCCGCGGUGCGGUCUCCGGGGGUGUAGCUCACGAGGAUUGUGGGCGGUCACAGAGGAAAUGCACUGCGACUCCGCUUCAAUUUGACAUUUUGACAGGAGCCGUAGACGUAAAUAUUCGGCUGACCGUUCGGCGGAAGAUAGUGUCACCGAUCGUACGGCCACAAUAAUUCGUAGGACGCGCACCAAAAAUCGAUCCGUGUCUCACGACAAACUGAAAAAAAAUGAUGUCUCGAAUCGUCUUACACAACAAUGUGCCAUUUUCACAUGUUAUACGUUCGAACAUUUUCAAUAACAGCACAAUUAGUAUCCAGUGCUCCGUAUUGUCGCGUAAUUAACGUUCACGCACCGAGAACUCCGAUAUCCGGAAAUUUUAGCUUUUAUUGGAUAUUUGUCGUACGCAUUGCUACGACGUUCGAUAUGCAAUAAGUUAUGUCAUUUUCUGUAUGGGAAAUUGUUUAACGUCUAUAUGCCUCUGUGAUCAGUUUAUUUGUUGCAAUAAUGAUCGUAGAAAUUGUUAUCAGCUGUUCGUACAAUGAAUCAAUUGGGAAUUGAACGUUACGAGUACUCACGUAUUUAUCUGGCAAUCGUAACAUGAAUUCAACAAUUGUAUCGUUAUUAGUUUCUAAACACCUUUCUCAGUAUGUCAUACGAAUGUUAUCGGUGCAUUAUAAGUGUAGACUGUGUUUGUAGAAUGUAUAACAUACAUUAAUGUGCAUAGUACUCAUCGUAAAAUAUGAGUGAUCAAGUAAUAACUAUGAACAUAAUGCGUAAACUAAGAGGGGGUACAAGCGUCGGAGGAAUGGGUUCCAGCAGUGCCGGUGGCUUAGACGACUGUACGGGAAGUACAAAUUCGCAGCACACUGCUCUGGGUCUUAUGCACCUUAAGAAGCUUUUCUCUGAGUACACCCAUCCUCCACAUCCUCUCUCAGAAGCUGAACGCAAUGAUAAACUGUACAAUAUGUUGCCAUUGUUUUGCAAAGUGUUCGGGUCUAGUCCAACGGGAGAGAUGAGUGAAAAAUUCUGGGACAUCUUGGCAUUCACUCAACAAGUGUCGAAAUUGAUGGUGUUCGAAAUCAGCAGAAGGGCGAGCAAUCAGAGUACCGAGACUGCAAGUUGUGCCAUUGUCAAAUUUCUAGAAAUUGAGAACAGCGAGGAAUCGAGCAAUGGUUGGAUGCUGCUGUCUGCAUUGAAUUUGCUGGCAGCAGGCGACACUUCUAUAAUACAGGCAAUGACCACUGCUUCUGUUCCAUCGACGUUGGUGAAAUGCCUGUAUCUAUUUUUCGAUUUGCCCGAGAUGGUUGAGGAGGAAGCCGAUAUUACGGACGCUAAUAGCGAAUUUACUCCGAAACAGCGGCGAAUUCUAUUGCAAAAAAUAUUUGUUCAAUUAUUGGUGAGAUUAUGUAGUCAUCCUUACCCGGCGGAAGAGCUUGCCCGGAAGGAUGAUCUGACUCUGUUAUUCUCAGCAAUAACUACCUGGUGCCCUCACUAUAAUGUAAUGUGGCGCAAAAGCGCGGCGGAAGUAUUAAUGACUUUGUCCCGGCACGGACUUACUCAAAAUGUAGUGAGCUACAUUCAUAAUAAAGGGUGUAUAGCAUUAUGUGUUGAUAAUAUGCAACGUGUACCUGAGCUGUCACCAUUGGAAGUGGUCGAAAUGUUUGUCACAGUGUUUUGUUUCUUAAAAGAUUCUAGCGAGGUGUCCCAAACGCUUCUCGACGAUUUUCGUGCUUGUCAAGGAUAUAUCUUCUUAUCGGAAUUUUUGUUAAAGCAUGCUCCAUCAAGAUUGGAACAAGAUAGCAGAGCGGAAGCGCAAGACGCAAUUCGUAAUUUAGUACUUAUGCUGGCAUCUUUAACGAUGUGCGGCCACACGGAAUUAAAACCAAGUCAAGCCAGCAUGGGAUCAUUGUUUCAAAUGCUUGGUUUUACUCUACCUCAACCAAGUAAUAGAGGAGGAAGUGUUCGAAAUAUUCAAGCGUUUCAAGUAUUACAAUCUGUAUUUGUGAAGUCUAACUCACCGCUUUUGUGUUGUACGAUCCUCGACGCAAUAUCUAGCGUGUAUCACAGUGAUAAUGCCAAUUAUUUUAUACUCGAAGGACAGAAUACGCUAUCCCAGUUCGCGGAAAAAAUUCAUUUAAAGAAUCGGGAAAUACAGGAGAAGUUCUUUCAGCUAUUAGAAUUUAUAGUGUUUCAACUUAAUUUCGUGCCUUGUAAGGAACUUAUAUCCCUAUCCAUACUAUUGAAGACGAAUAAUUCAACCAGUUGUAGUAUCUUAUGCAUGGAAACGCUCCUCAACAUACUCAGACAUAAUAAUAUAUUUAAAGAUGUGUACAGAGAAGUGGGUAUGUUAGAAGUCUUCGUUACAUGUCUUCAUCGUUAUGCAACUUUACUUAAAGACAAACAAGCUGCACAGGAUCAAAGAUUAGAGUAUAAAAUUUGCCCGGAAGAUGAGCGGUUGGGUGCCUUAGUAAUGGAAGCAUUGACGACGUUGUUAGCAGGCAACGUCCAAAAUGCAAACGUUUUUCGGGAAUGUGGCGGAGCACGUUGCGCUCACAAUCUCGUACCCUACAUGGAUUGCCGUUAUCAGGCACUCGGUAUCGUUAGAGAAUUGAUACUUAGCGCCGGAGGGGACGACGACAUGGCCACGUUACUAGGCGUCAUGCAUUCGGCACCAUCGAGCGCCUUAGUGUUAAAAACACAUAUACUAAAAUCUUUACUGGCGUGUCUACGAGAAUCUCAUCGAACUAGGACCGUGUUCCGAAAAGUUGGAGGUUUCGUUUACGUGAUGUCCGUUUUGGUGUCUCUAGAGAAUCAAUUAGGCAUGCAGAGGUCCGAGAGCGCAGAGCCUUGUAACAAUGUAAUAAAACGAACGCCGCAAGAAGAAGCACAAUUACUGACAUUGUUACACGUCGUGUUUCACACCAUAAGCACCGCCAUGCGAUUCGAACCGGCGAACGCGAAAUUUUUCCAUCACGAAAUAUGUCAGUCGAGUUUAUGCGAUACUUUGAGGCUUCUCGGAUGUUUCUCGACGCAAACUAAGCUCACAGAGAUAGAUUUGAUACCGACUACAAACUAUCAUAAUAUGUUAUCGACGCUGUUCACGGGAAGCGUGUUGGAACCUGUGUUUCCGGACGUUAUGCCAAAGACAUUGGCGUACGCGUGUUUGCUGCUGCGACUUUUAUACGACGUGGCUCUCGAUUCCUUCGACAAGCCAAAUCUCGCAGGCUUGGGCAUGAGAUCGCCGAAUCAUAAACAGAACAGCGUUGAGCAGAAAUCGUUUGAUUCACCGAGCUGCGGGAAGCGAACGAUAAUAAACUCGUUGAACCUGAGUCCGCCUGCUCCCGAACCAAUAGUAGUUCACCCUGGGAUAGUCGUCGGGAUGUUACAUUUAUUGCCAUCGAUCUCGGAGCCCUGUAAUCCGCAAAUGGCCUUAGCUCUGCAAUUAUACGUCUCUGAGAUAGUAAAAAGUUUGGUGCGAUCCGAAAGGAAUCAACAGAUAAUGUGUGACGCUGGCAUGGCUGGGGAAUUGUUAUUAGUAGGCAGAAUUGCUUUGCAGGACGAAACGCAUCCUCUGCAUCAACCUCUCCAAUAUAUCAUAGAAAGGCUUGCGGCGCAGUCUUUAGAGCCACGUGAUUUGAGGGAAUUCCUGCGUUUGGGCGACCCGUUGUGCUGUAUCUCUCUCGAUGAUAUCGAACCGAGUAAACCGCGAGGUGGACCCGUGCCGCUGACGCGCAUCAAAACUCUGGUUUCUAUGACCACGCCGAAGGAUUUUCGCGCACACGGUUCCUGCACUCUGCCACCGUUCGUGGAACUCGAUAUGAGCGCAGAAGGAUUUGCUUGUCUGUAUUUACCUAGUGUUGCACCGCAAAGUACAACUCCGCCUACGGUCGUAGCUGCGGACAGUAGCGUGCUCGGUGGUAUCGGUUCCGGCGAUAGAUUAUUUCCUCCGCAAACCGGCUUAACUUACAGUACAUGGAUAUGCGUCGACAAAUUUAGCGACCCUAGAACAGAUCCUCAUUGCGUGCGAUUGUUAACACUAGUUCGUACUCCGCAAUCGACGAGGGAUCUGAUUUGUUUAACCGCGGUACUCAGCGCGAGGGACAAGGCUAUUAUCGUGUCCACGCAAGAGACACCGAUGCCUCAAAUGAUUAAAAAUUUAGAUGUGGGUGAAUGGGAGCCGGAAGGGACUGGCGAAUGCGGUGCGAGAGUCUGGUGCCCGGAUUUGCUUCACGAAGGCCAGUGGCAUCAUAUAGCCAUCGUGUUGAAUCGCGCUGUUUUAAAGAACUCUAGUUUCUCUUUGUAUUUGGACGGGCAACAUAUACACAGUCAAAAGCUCCAUUACAUUACCCAAGUACCCGGAGGUGGAGCAGCAAAUCUGACCGUGGCCUCGCCCGUCUAUGGGUACAUAGGCACGCCACCUUGCUGGCGGCGAUACUCGAGACUUACGUGGAAACAAGGACCGUGUCACUUAGUGGAAGAAGUGUUCAACGCCCAGAACAUAGCAACGUUGUUUAAAUUAGGUCCGCAUUAUAUGGGAAGUUUGCAAUCUCCGCAGUUGCCAGGACACGAGCCGUUUAUGCCUCUCGUCGCGGAGGAAAAGGUCGUAUUUGGAUUAAACGCUAAGGCAAUGUCUCAAUUGACAUUGGCUAAGAUUAGAAAAGUUUACAGUCGAGCUGAUAAUAAAUCGAUCGCUAAACAACUUGGUAUGUCGUCGCACGAGAACGCUACGCCUAUUAGAGUUCUUCAUAAUUCGGCUGGACAUCUUAGCGGACCGGCACGUGCACUCGGAGGCGUCGUCGUAGGAUAUCUCGGUGUCCGUGUCUUUAAUCCUCGACCCGUGGCUACGAUGAUCGACAACGUAGGAGGAUGUUCCGUAUUGCUAGGUCUGAUAGCCAUGGCCCAGGACGUAGAGUCUUUGUACGCGGCUGUUAAAGCGCUGGUUUGCGUCGUAAGGUCGAAUCAAGCUGCUCAGCAGGAAAUGGAUCGUCGAAGAGGAUAUCAAACGCUAGCAAUGUUACUGAGAAGGAAAUGUCCUCUUCUGAACAGUCACAUUUUGCACCUUACGUUCAGUCUCGUGGGUACAGUUGACAGUGGCAGGGAGACCAGUGCGAUACCUAAUGUUAUGGCGUUCCAAGAUCUCUUGUGUGAUUUGCAAGUUUGGCACGAAGCACCAGGCGAACUUUUGAGAUCGCUUUUAGAACAUUUGUACGAAUUGAUCGCGGAGUCAAGCGAGAAAAGAACGAAUUUACGUUUAAUGAGGGAUCUGCAAUUAGUGCAUAAACUGUUACACAUUCUGAGCGAUGUGAAACAAAGCACUACGAGACAGAUAUUGCUUGCACUGCUCAGUAUUUUAUUGAGUCAGCCGAGACAAGCUGAUUUACUUUGGUUCGGUCAAUUCAUCGUCGCUACGUUACCUACGAGCCCUGAAAAGCACUUGAUUCUUCGGGAGAGCGAAGGGAACAGGGAAGGAGAAGGAGAGCUUAUACUUUUGCGAAAUCGAUGCUUGCAACUUUUGCAUUCCCUGCUGUUCAAUGGUCCGAAAGUAAAUGCAAAUAUGUGCGAAGAGUUAGCUAAAGUUUUAGGCUUAGAUUGGAUAUUGUUGUUCCUCCAGUCUGGCCUUCAUAGCACCACUGUAAUAUGGGGAUUACGUAUUUUAGUAGCAAUUUGUUCUGUACAACCAAUAUUACAAAAGUUCAAAGAAGGAACUAGCAACGGCGGGUGGUUACGCCACACGGAUCAUAAUAAAGUGGCAUUAGCGCUCGGUUGUCAUCAGCAAAUGUCAAGCGGCGAAGCUAAACCAUCUGGCCUGCACGUGCCAGGAUUUCAGCAUUUGGGAUGGUUGUUACCGCAACACGUAGAUCUCGUUCCAGAAUUGUAUUUCCUUUUCAUUGGACUUAUGAUGGGACAGCCUGUAAAAUUGUUACCUACCGAUUCGAAGGUAAUUCUAAAGCUGGAUUUGGACAACGUAUGGAAUUUCUUGUUCGGUGUUCCCGCGAACCACACGCUGUCUUCUUUCGCAAGUAGAAUCAAUUUGUGCCCAGACGCUGUAGUCACUCUACUGGCCAUGGUACGGACGAUGUUAAACAAUUAUUCAAUCAACCCUGAAUCUUUGCCCGACUGGUUAACCGAUUAUCCAGUAACAAUAAUACAGUUUCUGUUCUUUCUUUAUCACAAUUUUACUGACUUCAUGCAAGUGUUCAUGUCCGCGGAAGUGUUGGGUGCAUUGGCCGGUGUUCUGUUCCCAAAGCCGCCAAGCUCUAGCCAAGAUAGCAGCGGAGCUAGCACCCCAGCCGAUGAGGAGCCAGUAUUGGUGCGAUCUCCGUCGAAAGACGUUGGCUUAACAAAUCAUCCGGCAAAGAAGUUUGUAAUGGAUUUCAUGCGAGUUAUUGUAGUAGAUUCGCUCUCUUUGCCAGUCAGCGCGAAGUCUCCGCCAGCUAUCGAUUUGGUUUUGGAAGCGUGGCCUGAGCACGCGUCGACUGGACAGCAAACGCGUUACCAAACGGAAAUUCUCUCUAUUUUGAUGGAACACUUGUUAGCUGCCGAUGUUCUAAUCGGGGAACAAGCGGCAUUACCCGUCGUACCUGGUGGAUCGGUUAAUAAUAUAACUAGCAACGUCUGUUACGUCGCGGCUAGGAUAGUCGACAAACUGUGGCAAGGUGCUCUGACGAAAGAUCCGCACGAAGUGUUUGACUUUAUCGUUAAAUUAAUUGGACAAGCGAAACGGCGACCCGGGGUCGUUAGCAUGGAGGGUCUUCACCAUUGUUUGAAUAGAACAACUUUAUUCCUACUAUCCCGAGCAACAGACUCGAUAGCUGACCAAAUGGCUGUGUUGGAAGCGUUGCACAAGCUUACCACUCACAGAUUGCUGGUGUUCGGUGCUGGCAAUCACGAAUUAGAAUUCAUCGGUUGCCUGACUUAUUGUUUGCUGCAAUUGACGGCUGACGUGAAAGUUAUGCUCGAUACCAAUACGAAAACGAUGUGGCAUGUGAACCCGCAGAUUGAACCGAACGACGAUAGACUAACGUCUCACCAAGGACAUAAUUUGAUGGCUGUCGCCGCUACGAGAGUCUGGGAAGAAUUGUAUGUGUGUAAAAAGCCGGCUAUCGAGGAAGUGUUUAAGAUCACGCUCCCACCACCCGUGGGCAACGAACGUGCUCCCGAGUUGUCGAUAGUAAGAGAUCAGGUGCACGAAGCCGCGACCAGGCUCUGGUUAAAUUACGUCGUUAUGGAAAGAAAAGCUUCGUACCGAGUUCCUUGGGAGCUCCAUAAUCAAAUACAAUCAAAAAUCCAAAAAGUGACCGGGGGUUUAACGAGAUUAGCAAGUCGGACGAAAGUUCGUAAAGAAGAGUCUGUGCGAGUCAGGCUGAGAUUGCAUCAGAAUACAGUUGCCCAGUGGACGGAACAACACAUUGCUUUAGUCCGCGAACUUGCCGUGGCCAAACGUUUGCAAUAUAUACAAACUAAUCAGCACACUCAGCGUUACGUGUAUCAAGAAUGGUUACAAACUGAAACCGAAUUAACGAGAGAACGUGGUUUGUGGGGACCACCGACGCCUACUAGGCUGGACAAAUGGAUGUUGGAUAUGACGGAGGGCCCAUGCAGGAUGAGGAAGAAAAUGAUGAAGAAUGAACUGUUUUAUAUACACUAUCCAUACCGGCCUGAACUAGAGCAUCCUGAUAAUAAGCAAUUGAAGUACAAAGUCGCGACAAGCACCGACAGUAAGGAAUACUACUUGAAGCAACUCGGGAAUUCGUCCGGCAUGUUUGAACGCGAGCGUGAUCCCGUUAUCGAUGACACACCGUUGAACGUAAACGAUAGUUCUACGGAAAGCGAGCCACCGAUGAUGCCGUGCACAUUAGAACGACACGCCAGCGAACCAGACGAGGCGCCGGAGGACAAUGAACAAGAAGAGGAAAAUAAUCAGACUGUUCCAGACAAUCAGACUUUGAUACGAUUACUAGAGGAGAACGAAAAAAUAAGUCACAUGUUCCGAUGCGCAAGGAUUCAGGGAUUGGAUACAACAGAAGGCUUGCUUUUAUUCGGGAAAGAGCACUUUUACGUUGUCGACGGGUUCACAUUGUUGAAAUCAAGAGAAAUAAGAGAUAUCGAAUCUUUACCCGAGGCUUAUGAGCCAAUUUUACCAUCGCCAGGCUCACCCAGAAGAUCCAGGGCCAUGAGGCAAUGCUCGAAAUUCAAUUACGAGGAUAUCAGAGAAGUACAUAAGAGAAGGUAUUUGUUACAACCGAUGGCGUUGGAAGUGUUCAGCGGAGACGGAAGAAAUUAUUUGUUAGCAUUCCCGCGUAAAGUAAGAAAUAAAGUUUAUCAAAGAUUCAUGACGUUCGCAACGGCGAUCGCCGACAGCGCGCAACAGUCAGUUGCUGGUCAGAAGAGAACAGCGAACGUAGAGCAAGCUACCGGUUUACUCUCGAAUCUGAUCGGCGAAACUUCUGUAACGCAACGAUGGGUGAGGGGCGAGAUAUCUAAUUUUCAAUAUCUGAUGCAUCUGAACACUUUGGCGGGUCGUAGCUACAAUGAUUUAAUGCAAUAUCCGAUAUUCCCAUGGAUUUUGGCCGAUUACGAUACCGAGGAAUUGGACCUCACUGAUCCGGCAACGUUCAGAGAUUUCAGUAAACCUAUGGGCGCUCAAAGUCCAGAACGGUUACUACAGUUCAAGAAGAGAUAUAAAGAGUGGGAUGAUCCACACGGGGAAACACCUCCUUAUCAUUACGGGACUCAUUAUUCCUCCGCGAUGAUAGUGUGUUCUUAUUUGGUGAGAAUGGAACCAUUCACGCAACACUUCCUUCGGUUACAGGGUGGUCAUUUCGACUUGGCAGAUAGAAUGUUUAACAGUAUAAAGGAAGCAUGGCUCUCCGCGUCUAAGCAUAACAUGGCCGACGUAAAGGAACUCAUUCCAGAAUUUUUCUAUCUGCCAGAAUUUCUCGUCAACUCGAAUCAUUUCGAUCUAGGUUCUAAACAGAGCGGCGUGCAAUUAGGGGACAUUGUGUUGCCUCCGUGGGCGAGACAAGAUCCUCGAGAAUUUAUACGCGUGCAUCGACUCGCUUUGGAAUGCGACUAUGUGUCGCAACAUCUUCAUCAGUGGAUCGACUUAAUAUUCGGUUGCAAACAAAACGGUUCGGGCGCCGUUGAAGCUGUCAACGUAUUCCAUCAUUUAUUCUACGAAGGCAACGUUGAUAUUUACAAUAUCGAUGAUCCCCUAAAGAAGAACGCUACUAUAGGAUUUAUCAACAAUUUUGGUCAAAUACCAAAGCAAUUGUUCAAAAAACCGCAUCCGGCUAAAAAGAUGACUCAGAGAACUAGCGUGAUCGAUCCCGGCCCGAUCACGCCUGGUCUAAGCAUUACUACGUCCGACAAACUGUUCUUCCAUAAUCUCGAUAAUUUGAAGCCAUCGCUUCAACCCAUUAAAGAAUUAAAGGGUCCGGUAGGACAGAUACUUCAUGUCGACAAAGCGGUGUUGGCCGUGGAACAAAAUAAAACGCUUAUUCCCCCGUCGUACAACAAGUACGUAGCAUGGGGUUUCGCAGAUCAUUCCCUCAGAGUAGGCAACUACGAUAGCGACAAAGCGAUAUUCGUCUGCGAAGCUAUGAUACAGAGUGGCGGGGAGAUAGUCGCUUGCGUUUGUCCGUCUUCCAAAUUGAUAGUGACCGCCGGCACGAGUUCCGUUGUGACCGUAUGGGAGUACACGAAGAGGCAACUCGCGAUUAAACAAUGCUUAUACGGUCAUACGGACGCCGUUACUUGCCUGUCAUCGAGCACAGCGUACAACGUGAUCGUGUCGGGAUCUCGAGAUGGCACAGCGAUUAUAUGGGACCUGUCUCGCUGCUUGUUCGUUCGCCAACUUCGAGGACAUGCAGGCCCGGUGGCUGCGGUAGCCAUAAACGAAUUGACGGGAGACAUAGCCACUUGUGCGGCUACUUGGUUACACGUAUGGAGUAUCAAUGGCGAGGAACUCGCCAGCGUUAAUACCUGUGUCGGUCGCGCCGACAGAAUGCAGCAAAUUUUAUGCGUCGCUUUCAGUCAGACCCACGAAUGGGAUUCGCAAAAUGUGAUUAUGACAGGGUCGACCGAUGGCGUGGCUCGCAUGUGGUCGAUGGAUUAUGUACAAGUGCCUGCGGAGGAUGAGAGAGUCGAGGAAGUUAUCGCUACCAAAGAGAAAAAUGCCAAGUCGAAUAAAAGUGAAAGUCAAAACGAGAACACGAAGAAACGGGUACACGAAUUAGUUAAACAGAUGAGUAUUUCCGCAGAAGGGUCAAGCUUGCUCGCGAAAAGCGGCUCGGAAAGUAGCCUCUCGGAACCGGAGAAUUCCAAAGAGGCGUCGAGGCUGCAUGAGGAGAAGGAAGAGUGCUCCGACAACGAGUCGAGCAACGGUUCUAGCAAUAAGCCGUCGCCGCAGAACAAUAAUACGCCUACCAUCGUGCUACGAAGGAAGAGUCGUGCAAACCCGAUGUUCCGGAAGAGCGAAGGCGGUGGCCGGGCAGACAGCGAAGGAACUCAAAUCAAUGAAUCAUUCAACAAUCCUGGAGAUGCCGAGGGAGCUCUGCGAACUAGUAAAAGUGAUACUAGCUUAACUGAUAGUUUCGUCAUGGUUUCCGAGGCUGACACGAAACCAAGGAAGAUUAAUCCCCAGAAUAUCUUAAGGGACGGCUUUAAAUGGCAGAGGCAGCUAGUGUUUAGAAGUAAAUUAACGAUGCACACUGCGUAUGAUCGUAAGGACAACGCGGAACCAGCAUCUAUAACGGCUCUCGCAGUGUCGAGAGAUCAUAGAACGGUCUAUGUUGGAGAUACGAGGGGGAGAGUAUUUUCGUGGAGCGUUUGCGAACAACCAGGACGCACGGUGGCCGAUCACUGGCUUAAGGACGAGGGAGCGGAUUCGUGCGUUGGUUGCGGAGUUAGAUUUAAUCUUUACGAAAGGAGGCAUCACUGUCGUAACUGUGGUCAAGUAUUCUGUUCAAAAUGCAGCCGGUUUGAAUCGAAAAUAUCGAGGCUCGGAAUUUUGAAACCCGUCAGGGUCUGUCAAGGUUGUUAUUCGUCAUUGCGCUCUCAGCAUUCCACUGAGAGCAGCACUUAAGUUUUAGCAGAUGUAUCGAUAGUGGUUAUAAGUUAUUCGGUUGUAGAGCGGGUACAGUGAGAAUGUACAUAAUAACCGGGUACCCUUUCGUGUCUCUAUCCGAAUUUCCGCGCGACUCUUUUCCUUCGUCCUUGUUUUUAAUUAUAAGGGAAACCGAUCGCUGCAUUUCAAUUUUUAGUUACGAUCACUUUUUGUCUAAUUUCGCUAUAUAUAAAUCAAAUUUUGCUUUACAAUCACAUUCCUGUCGAUAAAUAAUCGCUUAUAUAUAUCUUUUACUACCCUUGCGAGUUUAGGACAUUUCCUAAAAACGAUCGGCCUGUUUCAUUCUAUCGACAGGUUUGUACCCAGACACAAAUUUCAAAAAACAGUAUUUAGAAAAUUGGUAUGAGACAAAGUAUCUUUAUAAUUUUUAAAACACGUGUUGCACGUUCUUCACUGUUCAGAGCUUAAUUUUUAUAUAUACUUUUACGACCGAGGAACAAUUUGUAUAAUCGUUUUCCAUACUUUUUAUAUUUGAUUUAUAUAUCGCAUUUUUUCGAACACUUCGUCCUUUCAAAGUCUUUGUACGCAUGUUACGGUCAUGUAUAGAAGCACUUAUUUAAUGUAUAUGCGUUAGUCUGUGAUUUAUUCUUUCCUAUUUUAAUUUAACGAAUUUAUGGGCAAUGGAUUUCAAAGGUGUAAAUGAUAAUGUAUAAGAUACAUAUAACUAUCAUUCUCCCCAUGUCAUGUUCGAAUGUAUUGUACGAUUAUUGUUACUAUUUAUUUUAUAUUAUACCGAGAAACAAUACGAGAUGUCAAUAUCGUUAAUGGAAAAAUGUUAGAUUUAAUAUCAACCAAAAAUUCUAUCUACACCGUGUAUCAUCCGUGCUGCUCUCUUUUGUAUUUUAUCUAUGAUUGCUAACAUUUGAUAAAAUGUUUUCUUGUUCUCUUCUUUACGAUGACGUCAUGUACAUAACGCGGUGGCACAGUUCGCGAUGUAAUUUAUUCUACGAAUCGUCGGUGAUGUAUAAUUUACCAUUGAACAGUAGGUCUUUUAGGUAUUUUACUUUUCUAUUAGUCUUGAUACCCAAAAAACUGCGGUGCAACUUUUGUGACCGUUGCCUCUAUCGAUAUACAUAUAUAUAAAAAAAACUCAUAACUUCGCAAUAGACAAUACCUUGAUUAAAAGUGUUAUUAUUCUAACUGUAAGGCGGUUAAAGAACCAUAGACUCUAAAACCAGCAGUAAUAUCGUAAGCAAUGUCGUAAAUGUGAAAACACGAUCGUUCGUAAAGAUGAAGUUAAUAUAUCAUGAACGUAUGUGUAAAAUUAAUAGUUAAACAAAAAGAUAAAAAACAGUGGAGAUGAAUUAAAAGAAAAACCGAAAAAAAAAACAUGUUCUUGAAUAAACGUUUUCUAGAGUCGUGAGAGUAAUAAAACGGCGUUAGGAGAAUCGAGUUCGCCUGACAAUUAGGAGAAUCAACCAAACACCGGCGAUAUAUAUUAAUUCGCGGUAUUGAAAAUAAUGAAAAAUUGUCUCCCUGUACGAAUAACGAAUUCUACCAUUUGUAUUCUAUCGACUUCCAUUUUUCUAAAGGCACAAAUUUUAUAAGGAACAAGAAUAAGAGAUAGUGUGACGACGAAAAUCCUGGAGCGAAGGCGGCUCAAAAGUUCGCCACGGUAUAUGUUGUUCGAACCGUUAACGGUAGGAAUAAACGAUACGAGCACAACGUUGACGAAGCAUUCUUUGAGAAAGAAUAGCUUCUGUAAUAACGAAGGCAGAAGAGGUAUAGUUGAAACGCUGCGAAACGGUGCGAAUGAAAAUUCUAACACAUGAAUCUCUUGAUUAUACGCUGUCGCAUAAGAUGAGUUACCACGUAUCUUGUGCAAAUAAUAUCUGUGUGUCAUUACUACAUGCCAGUUCUAAUAAAAAAGAAACAUUGCCAAUUAUCUUUACUUUUGUACUCCUACUUGUAUACACGAGGAACAAAGCUUAUACUUAGUUUUAUGGAAACGGAAUUGGAAAGCUUGCAGUUUAUUGUGAUUAAAGGCAAGCGUAAACGUUGUUUCCGUAUCCUCGGAACGAUAAGGGGCAGGAUGAAUCUCACGCAGAUCUAAUCGUAUUCUAAUCGAAGACAAAGAUUAAUUUAGAAGAAUAUAUAUAUAUAUAUAUACAUAUAUAGGUUUAAUUUCUAGUCAUGCGCGCGUUUAAGUUUGCUUCGAAUCUGACAAAUUUUAUUUGAUAAUUUCGAACAGUAUUAUGAAUUUUUGUAAUCGAACUGCGUUGAUGUACCACGAUUAUCGUAAAAUAGAUUUUUAAAUAUAAAUCAUUGCGUAUUUUAUUGUAUGCGGUAUGAGAGCGAUGUUCUAUUUAAGAAAAAAAUAUUCUAAAUUAUGUUGUUGUUAUAUGCUACAUAAUAUCUAAAGAAAGAGUUAAGCGCUGAGCAGACAUAUAUAUGUAUUCAUACACAUUAUAUAUAUAUAUUACCCCAUAACAUAUAAUUAGCGGUUGCAUUCGAUGACCGCUGUGUAAGACGAAAAUAAAGCUAAUUUCAUCACUUUUCGGCAACGUUACUUUUCUCUUACGUACAUAAAUUUCAUUUUAUCCAAUACGCUGUUCAUUUAUUUAUAUAAUUGCUGUGCUGAAUUUUGAAGACGCAUAUAUUCCUUCGUGCGGAAGGAAAACAGACUGUUGAGAAAUAUCAUUUGAUGUACCAAAUCGAUCAUAUUUUCUUAAGCGUUCGACAAAAACUGCUAUUGUAUCGAUGUUUAAACCAUUAAGUGAACUCCUACUAGCGAGGUGUGUGUGCAACGCGAAAUGAUUAUUUCAUCCCAAAUUGUACAUACAUAGACGUGUACAAAAAAAAGUAUUAACUGCGUAGAAUGCUAAGUAAAAUUCUAGAGAAAGGAGACAGUAUGUGGAGAAAUUCUAAUAACCAACAGUCGAAUACGGGUAUGUAUGAGUUUGAGAGUACGAUUUUAUGUAUGUAUAUGUGUGUAUACGUUUCUCACCCGCACAUAGGAAUUACGUACGUGUAUACAUUCGAUCAUCAAUCAUAUAAACAUAUAUAUAUAUAAAUUAUAUAUGUAGGUAGUUCUAUUGUACUGUUAGUUGGUAUUUGCAAAAGAAAAAACAACAAAAACAUAUUGUAUAGUAGAUUCUGAUAGUGCAAUUAUAUUGAAUGGGUAAAAGUUGUAAAAA